GUGGGCGAUAAGUGUUGCAAGGCCCACAACUCUCUUGAGUGAUUGCCCCUGCCGCGCGAGCAAGGUCGUUGACUCGUGACACGAGGGCGGCUUGUUUUCAUCAGUCAUGUACUCUAGUCAUCGUACGUGUGGACGGCGGGAGUGAUUGUACCAGCAGAAGAAAGGAGGAUAAGAAGUUUCGGACAAAAGCAGAGCGACGAAGGAGAUACUGUUACACGGCGAGCGAAGGCGCGCGUGCGGCAGCGAUGGAGCAGGACGAAGCGUGCCGUGUGCACAUGGCAUCAACAUGGAGGCAGUCGCUGUGCUCCGGAGUUCGCGCCGUUACAGUGGAACCUGUGCUGCUGCUCUUUAUGUUCGCGUCCUUCCUCACCUUCGCAGCAUUUAUGCCUCUGGCAUACGACAAGUCUUGCUUGUUCCUCUUCAACACCAGCCAGUGCAGUGAACUCAGCAACUAUACCUUCGCCAAGCUGCACAAAGAUCUGGAAGAUGAAGUGCAGACGUUGUCCUCCUACUGGACCAUGAUGAGCAACGUGGUCAUGACUAUCCCGGCGACCCUCACUCUGCUGCUGUUGAUAGGGCCUCUUGGUGACCGCUUUGGGCGCCGUCUGCCGGUGGUGGUGCCAUGUCUGGGUGGGGCUCUGUAUUCAGUCAGCAACAUCGUCAACUCAGUGUACAUGGACUGGUGGCCUCAUUACCUCAUGAUUGGACCUGUGUUGUCUGGACUCGGCGGCAGUUACCUGGCGAUGCUUAUGGCCUGUUACACUUACCUAACUCACCUGUCGGAGCCAGAUUCUCGCAUGAAGCGGGUGGGGGUGGCGGAGGCCAGCACAUACAUCGCAGGCGCAGUCAGCGUCUUUGUGUCGGGUCUGCUGGUCGAUACCCUCGGGUACGCACCCGUCUUCGGCAUCGCUUUAGCUUGUCAGUCAGCAGCCUUGGCUUAUGCCAUAUUCUUUUUACCGGACAUCAGACCAGAACGCGGCCACCCUGACCCGAACGAGAGGUCAGACGCUGGGCGCUCAUGCUGCCAGGUCACGUGUCUGAAUCCACUUCGAGAUAUGUGGGCUUUCUUGUCCGCCCAGCGCGACUUCUUCGACAAGGUUCAUUUGAUCCUCUUCAUCGUUGUACUUGACAUCUUGCAGCUCGCAACGACAGGGGAAAAUGAUGUUCUGUACUUAUUUCUCGUUCGUUCCCCUCGAUCAUUUUCCAAAACAAAGUACGGAUACUUCAGUGGUGCACAGAAUUUCACUCGGGCCGUCGCAGUUCUGCUGCUCCUGCCGCUGCUCAAGACGUUCACUCAACUACGGGACACCACUCUCAUCAUGGCGGGCAUCGUGUCCAAAGUUGCUGGCCUUGUCGUGCUGGGCUUGGCGAAGGAGCAAUGGCUUGUUUUUAUAGUUGUUGCGCUGGGUGCUCUGCAGGGCUUCCCUUCGGCAGGACUUCGGGCUUCUAUGGCCAAUUUCGUAAAUAAAGGGGAACAAGGUCGACUGUUUUCUGUGGUGGCAGCCACUGAAGGUGUCGUGACCCUGGUCUCCACCCUCCUCUUUAACAGCUUGUACCCCGCAUCUCUCUCUUUCCACGAUGGCCUCUGCUUUCACGUGGCUGCUGUUUUAGUCGCGGCCUGCUUCUUCCUUGUUUGCUGGCAGCACUUCGACUUGAAGCGGGGAGUGAAUCUGUCCAAACCUCUCCAGUCAGCAGUGUCAGAAGAGAGCGAGGUGAAUAGUGUAGAGACUUGUACUUCCUCAGUACUGAAUGACGAGGCAAGCAGCAGGGUGGCCAGCAAAAUGUGAAGGGAGCGAGCAUGUUCCCCCUGCACCCACCUUCGAGUCACUCGCUAGCUUACUGACCCGUGACCUCUCCCCAACCAUGACAUUGUAUCUCAAACUAUGCUUGACAUUUGUCUCAUAUUCCAAACCAGAUUUCUACUCCGUGUGAAGUAAAAGAUUGCAUGUAAAGUUAAAAUCACGGAUAAACAAAGGUGACAUUAAUUUUUUUUUAAUUAAUGAAAAUGAUAUCCUCGCCAUCAGGAGCAGCAUGUUGACUUUCUUUCUCUGGACGUGACCAAGAGAUCGUGCUACCACCUUGUGUUUUAAUCAAGGCAGUCUUGGAAAUGGUGAUUACUUGUUAAUGAGUAGCUUUCACUUCCAUACUGUAUUUUUUUCACUGAACAAUCAUUGAUAUUUCGCGAUUCAGCAUCAGACAUUUUUAAACGAAUGUUCUUUAUAUUUCCUGAAGUGUCCUUAAUGUUUCCUGAAGAAGAAGAGGUAUGGUGGGUUUGCCGGAUUUUUUAAUAAACAGUUUUAAAAAUCCA